CACUUCCAAAACAGAAAUUUGCAAUCAUGGCUGACGCUCCUGGCAAAAAUGAUAUUGAUCAAAUCUUUAAAAGAUUGCGUUCAGCGGCGGCCAACAAGGUUUGCUUCGACUGUGGUGCUAAAAACCCAACAUGGGCGAGUAUAACCUACGGUAUUUUUAUCUGCAUCGAUUGCUCAGGGAUACAUAGAUCAUUAGGAGUUCAUCUCACAUUUAUAAGAUCUACAAAUCUUGAUACCAACUGGACAUGGCAGCAGCUCAGGCAGAUGCAGGUCGGUGGAAAUGCUAAAGCAUUGACUUAUUUCCGUUCUCAGAACUGUACUACUAAAGAUACGCAGGUGCGAUUACAGCUUUACGGAAGCCUGCCCCGGCAGCUAGCUCCGCAUCCUAUACUGCAUAUUGAUUCUGGAGUCGAAGCUGAGACUGAAACUGCGCCUAAAGAAGACGACUUUUUCGACACACAUGAACAAUUCUCGACAGAUCAGAAUCUAGGAGUCGAAAUUCCUGUCGCUAAGCCGAUUCCACCCAAACAGAAGACAGAGAUAAUUGAUGAUGGUUGUGCACCGAAUGUAGAUUUAGCUCUAUCUACCUCCCCUCCUACCGCGGCUAAACCUGUUCCCGUCAAGAAAUCUACGAUCGGGUCCAAGAAACCUGCCGGGAAGAAGGGUGGGAUGGGGGCUAAGAAGGGACUAGGAGCCCAGAAGGUUGGAAGGGAUUUUGCUGCUAUAGAGAAGGAGGCCGAAAUGGCGGAUCAGAUUGUCUCAUCCAGGAUGGAUAUGGCCAAGGCUGAGCCAGCACUAAACCCAGAAGAGGAAGCCAAAGCUAUGGCAAAUAUGAGAUUAGCAUAUCAGGAUAUGUCUGUGCAAGCUAGGAAGGAAGAGGAGAGACUCAAACGUGUUGAUCCAACCAAGGCUGCCCAAGUUGAACGCUUAGGAAUGGGAUUUGGAGGGUUCGGAGGUGGUGGUGUGUCUCACAAUAUGUUAACUGAGAUGUCUGAGAUCCAGCAGGAGGAGCCGAGCAGUAGCCUCGUCAACAGCGCCUUCUCUGCCUCCACCAAGGAGAAAUUCUUCGAUGACUUCGAAGUUGUGGAUGUAGAUAAGGAUGAUUUACCGCCCUGGCGCACAUCCCGCGUAGAUGAUUUGUGCGCACCAUCUAACGGUAAAAAGAGCAGCAGCGCCUGGGAGAACGAUCUUAACGAGAACGUGAAGAAGAGCAACUACAACAAUUCUAACAAUUGGGAUACAGAUUUCCAAGAGAAACGGAAGCCUGCCCCGGCAGCUAGCUCCGCAUCCUAUAGUAGCGAGGAUGCUGUCAAGAAAUUCGGAAAUGCUAAAUCUAUCUCUUCAGAUAUGUACUUUGAUGAUAAGGGAUCGAAUGACCGGGACGCUAAUCUGUCCAGGUUCCAGGGUUCUACAUCAAUCAGCUCAGACAUGUAUUUCAACAGGGAUGCCCCUGCCGGAGGAAUGAAUAGGUCUGCCUCUAACUACAGCAACUAUAGUAACAAUAUGCAGGCACCAGACCUUGAUGAGGUCAAGGAGAGUGUCAAACAGGGAGUGAGCAAGGUCGCGGGACGUCUUUCUAACAUGGCAUCCGGUGUUAUGAACCAGAUACAGCGUGCGAAAAAUAUUAACAUGACGGUGCCAUGAGGAUCGAUAUGGGUAUUAGAGGAACCUAUUGGAGGAAUUGUGAUACCACUUUUUUUGUUACAGAACUUCUCUCAUAUUAAUUUAUUUUAUAAAAUCAGCUGUAUUUCCAGUUUCGUAAAAUAUGUAUCGAUUGCCAAAAAAAAAUAUUUCUGAAGAUUAUUCCAUAUUUAUCAAUCACAAUUAAUUUAUUUAUUUUUAUUAUGUAGUGCACAUUUAAAGGUUCAUAGUGUAAUGUAUUAGCGUCUCAGGAACUGGUUUUAUUGUAAACAAUAACAGAUUAUGAAAAACUACCUAUUUAAG